AUGGAGUUUUUAAAACAAGCUCGUGGACAUUACAAAGGCUCCAUUACUAGAGUAUAUACAUACGCGCAAGAAAUUCCUGAAAGUACCAAUAGUUUAAAAUUGAAUGUGCGUUUGGAAAGGUUAGAGAAGGCCUUUAAAGACAUUUGUAGUUCUCAAUCGGCUCUUUUUGAAUUUCAUGCUGAAGAGGGUUACGUUGAUCCAGAACCUGAGUUUGAGAUUUUAGAAUCGAAAUAUAUAGUAGCCAAGUGUGCUCUGUUAAAACGUUUAAAAGACAUUACUUCAGUGGAAAGCAAUGGGGAAACGAACGUUUCGUUGAAGGAAUUAGUUUCUUCCCAAGCCGAAUUGGUAGAUCGGUUAGGCCAGUUAGAUAAAAACCCUACUAAUAUAAAGCUGCAACCUAUGCACAUUACACCGUUUUCCGGGGAUUAUCGGGAAUGGCCAGGUUUUCGCGAUGUGUUCUUGCAAACGGUGGACUGCAACACAAAACUUUCGAGUGCUCAAAAGUUUAGGUACUUGAAGUCGGUUUUGCGCGAGGACGCUUUUAAUCUUUUGAACGGUGUUAGCAUUUCGGAUUCCAAUUACCAGCUAGCUUGGGAGAAAUUAGAAAAUCGUUAUGAUAAACCACUUUUUAUAAUAAAUUGUCUUAUCGAACAAUUCUUAAAAUUGCCAAACGUCGGGUCGUGUGAUGGCUCUCAAUUGCGUAAGCUAGUGGAUAAAGCUGAUGAAGUUAUUCGUGGUCUUGAAGCGGUUAAGUCGGAAGGUAGGGAUCCGUGGCUUGUUUAUUUAUUGAUAAAUAAAACAGACUCUGAAACUAAAAAAGCUUGGGCUUUAGAAAACAAAAUGUCGGAAGAGUCUACGAUUAAAGACCUUCUUGAUUUUCUAGAAAAGCGUUCUAAUGCCUUAGAAGCUAGCGAUCCGAAAACUUCUCGCGUCAAGAACUCUCGUACGUCAAAUUCUUCGAAUAUAAAAAGCCUCGCCGUAGUAAAUACCUCAUGUCCAAAAUGUAAAGGUGAACAUUAUCUUCCACAAUGUCCAGAUUUUAUUUCAAUGUCGGUUAGUUCCCGUCGUAAUUUCGCUCGAGAUCAACGAUUAUGCUAUAACUGCCUCGGUACUAAACAUUCGUCGAAUCGAUGUCGAUCGAAAGCACGUUGUACGUCAUGCAAUUCUCGACACCAUAGCUUGGUGCACUUAGAUAACCCAAGCACAGCUAAUGCCGUUGAUCCUACGCAAGGCUCAGCUUCUGUCGUAAGCAACCAUAUGCAAAAUGGUUCGCGUUCUUCGGUUAUAUUACCAACCGCUGUUGUAAAAGUGUAUGACGUUUCUGGAAAGACUCAUCUCGUUCGCGUUUUGUUGGAUAGUGGUUCUCAGGUUUCGUUCGUAACUGAUAGUUUGGUGAAAAGACUUGGUCUACGUCGUUCUCAUGCUCGUUUACCAAUAUCCGGGAUUUCGUCUGUUGAAGCUGGUGUGACUCAAGGUGCUGCUGAGUUAAAAUUAAAAUCCCGCAUUAACUCACAUACUAUGCAAGUUGAGGCAUAUAUUCUCAACCAAAUAACUUCCCAAACGCCAUCGCUUUCGUUGGAAGCCAGCAAUUUCACUUUUCUUGACGAUCUUUUGCUAGCGGACGUAGGAUUCAAAAACCCAGGUCCCAUUGAUGUUUUGUUGGGGGCUGACAAGGCUUGGAGUAUUCUGCUAAGUGAUCAUCGUUCAGAUCCAGAGGGAAAGGUGGUUGCUCAUGAGACAUUGUUUGGAUGGGUUGUAACGGGUUGUUUGCCAGGAAAUUCGUUAGUUUCAUUGCACGCAGGUGUUGACCUUGAUGUUAUUUUGAAAUCCUUUUGGGAAAUUGAAGAGGUACCUCCUAGUUCUUCCUUUAGAGUAAUUGAAGAUGAGGUAGAUGAAAACUUUUCAAAAACUCUAACUCGUACACCUGAUAAUAAGUACAUGGUAGAACUUCCUUUUCGACAAGACCAUGUUAAGUUUGCUAACUCCAUAUCUGGAGCUUUGUCUAGACUUCUCGCAAUGGAACGCCGGUUUUCGCGUGAUAAAGACCUACAAGUGGAAUACUGCAAGUUCAUGCAGACUUAUUUGAAUCUGGGACACAUGGAGCGUAUCCCUGAUGAGAAAAUAGAACCUACGUCGGGAAGUGUUUUCUAUUUGCCACAUCACGCUGUGAUCACAAACAAAAUUCGUGUUGUUUUUGAUGGGUCUCAUAAAGAUACCAAAAACUGUUCUCUUAAUGAAAUGCUUCAUAUAGGAACUCCUCUUCAACGAAAUUUGGUUAACGUUUGUAUUCGUUUUCGUCUUCACCGUUUCGUAUUUUGUGCUGACAUUGUUAAAAUGUUUCGGCAAAUUUGGGUGCAUCCAAAGCAUCGGGAUUUUCAGAGGAUAGUUUGGAGAGAAUCCCCUGAUAGUCCAAUAUCGCAUUUUCGUUUGGCUACGGUAACAUAUGGUACUUCACCUGCUCCAUAUUUGUCCAUGAAAGUUCUCCGUCAAAUAGCGUUUGAUUACAAACACCAGUUUCCCUUAGCAUCACAUGCAGUUUUGCAUGACAUGUAUGUUGAUGACCUAAUGACGGGGGCUGAUUCGCUGUCGGAGACUUUGGAGCUGAAGAAGCAGAUCGUCGAGAUGUUGUCGUGUGGAGGUCUUGAGCUCAGCAAGUGGAGCUCUAAUUGUUGGGAAAUAUUGCGUGACAUCGACUGUAAAGAAGUUGUUUCACUGGAUUUGGAUAGUUCUUCUGCGUGCACCAAGGUUCUCGGUUUGGUUUGGAACCCGUAUCAUGACACCUUUACGUACAAAAUUAGUUUACCCGAACACUUUGUGCCUACAAAACGAAAACUACUUUCAGAGGUUGCAAAGGUUUUUGAUCCUUUGGGGUUUUUGGCUCCUUCCACUAUUUUGUUGAAAAUACUGUUUCAGGAGCUGUGGACCGCAAAGACGAAAAUUGAUUGGGAUGAUCCUUUGCCCUUUGAAAUCGCAGAAAAAUGGAAGCUGUAUCGGGAGAAUUUGACCUAUUUUGAAAACUUUAGGAUUUUUCGAAGGUUUACCCAAAAUUCUAAAAGCUUGGAGUUAAUAGGUUUUUCGGAUGCUUCGGAAAAGGCUUAUUCUGCGGUGGUUUACUGUCGUAGUUGUUCGGAAGAUGGUGUUGAAGUGAAGCUUUCAUCCUCGCCACGAAAAUGGAGUACGUUUGUAGCGAAUCGUACCUCUGAAAUAUUGUCUUCGUUACCUCGCUCGUCUUGGAGUCAUGUCAGUUCAUCUGAAAACCCUGCUGAUUGUGCUUCGCGGGGCCUCUCGCCUAAGGAUUUGAUGGAACACAAAUUGUGGUGGAACGGGCCAGAAUGGCUGGUUCAUAGUAUUGAUGAGUGGCCAAAUCAUUGUGAAACUGAAAUAGAAGAUAUUCCUGAAGAAAGGAAGAAAGUCCAUACAGUUCACGUUUCGGUUGCGGUGGAGCAUUUUCUUGACAAAAUUUCGCUUAAAAUUUCUAGUUGGAGGAAAAUUGUGAGAAUAGUUUGCUAUAUUCGUCGCUUCAUCUAUUUUUGCCGUUUGCCUAAAGGUGAUAGAAGGUGUGGAUAUCUUUCGCUCUCAGAGCUACGCCUUGGUAAAAUAAUCUGCCUCAAGUGGACUCAAAGAGAGUUUCUUAGAGAAAUCAAAACUCUUAAGACUGACCGUUGUGUUGACAAGGCCUCAAAAUUGUGUUCGCUUUCGCCUUUUAUUGAUGUCGUCGGUUUAUUGCGUGUCGGUGGUAGAAUUUCAAAUGCUAAAAACGUUCCCUUCGCGAUUAGACACCCUAUUAUCCUGCCUAAAAAUCAUCCAAUAACUCUGUUAAUUCUCUUAGAUGCUCACAGGAACUUUUUACAUAUCGGUGUUUCUGGACUUUUUGCACUGAUUCGCCAGGAGUUUUGGAUCCUCGGAAGCAGAAAUCUUAUUCGAAAACUAGUUCAUGACUGUCAUACGUGUUUUCGUCAACGGAAAAUUACAUCAACGCAGCUUAUGGGAAAUUUACCAUCAUCUCGCGUAAAUCCAUCAUUUGCUUUCGCCCACACAGGAUGUGAUUACGCUGGCCCGAUAACUCUUCGUUCAUCUAGAGGAAGGAAACCAACGUUGUCCAAAGGGUAUAUUUCAUUAUUUGUCUGUAUGACAACUAAGGCGCUGCACCUUGAAUUAGUAUCGGACCUGACCACAGACGCCUUUUUGGCUGCCCUAAAAAGAUUUAUCGCCAGGCGUGGUAGAUGCAGCGUUUUGUAUUCCGAUAAUGGUACGAACUUUCAAGGAGCGGCUCGUGUGCUAUCAGACAUGUAUAAACUGGUGCAGUCCCAAAAUCACAACCAAAGGGUUGCAGAAAUGUUGGCUGGAGAAAGCAUCGAUUGGAAGUUUAUUCCUCCUCACAGCCCUCACUUUGGUGGGCUUUGGGAAGCGGGGGUUAAAUUAGUAAAACAACAUCUUCGGCGAGUAGUUGGUGAUAGUGUCCUUACCUUUGAAGAAAUGUGUACCUUGCUAGCCCAAAUCGAAGCCCUUUUAAAUUCUAGGCCCCUUUGUGCUUCUUCCGAUUCAGAUCUUGAUCCAUUAACGCCUGCUCACUUUCUUAUAGGUAGACCUUACACGGCGAUUCCUGAGCCAAGUUAUUUGGAAUUACCCAUUAAUCGAUUGGGAAGAUGGCAGCUACUACAAAAUAUGAUGCAAGGCUUCUGGCGAAGGUGGCAUACCGACUACCUCACAUCUUUGCAGCAGCGACCAAAAUGGAGAGAAGACCUAAGAGAUUUUGAAGUUGGUGACAUGGUCAUUCUGAAGGAAUCUAACAUGCCACCAUCCCUAUGGUCCUUAGGAAGAAUAACCGCAGUUCAUCCAGGUGAAGAUGGACACGUACGGGUGGUUACAUUGCGCACCAAACGAGGCACUUUCAUGCGCCCUAUAACCAAACUUGCCCUCUUGCCAUGUCCUGAAAUUCCUUCAGCGGGGGCGGCAUGUUGA